AUGAUAAAUUUUAUCUCAUUUAACUUGGAUAUCCUGAAUGUGUUCAAUGACCCAAUCCAUGGCCACAUUGAGUUGCACCCACUGUUAGUCCGUAUCAUUGACACCCCUGAGUUCCAGCGCCUGAGAUACAUCAAACAGCUCGGUGGGAUCUAUUACGUUUACCCUGGGGCUUCUCACAACAGAUUUGAGCACUCCAUUGGGGUGGGGCACUUGGCAGGAUGUCUUGCCCGAGAGUUACGUGACCGACAGCCCGAGCUUAAUAUUACUGACACAGAUAUAUUGUGUGUACAGAUAGCGGGACUUUGCCAUGAUUUGGGUCACGGGCCAUUUUCACAUUUGUUUGAAAGCAAAUUCAUGUCCUACAAAAGGGACUUACAACAACAGAAAUUACCUACAACAGCAAUUAAGCAUGAAGAUCUAUCCAUAAAAAUGUUUGAUCAUCUGAUUGAAUCCAACCAUCUAAAAGCAGAACUCUCUGACCAAGAGAUCACUGAGCCUGACCUAACAUUUAUAAAAGAGCUUAUAAUGGGCUGCCCAUUGUCAGACAAGCUGAAGCUGGAUCCAUGGCCAUAUGAAGGAAGACCAGUAGAGAAAAUGUUCCUUUAUCAGAUUGUGGCCAACAAAGAAAAUGGCAUUGAUGUGGAUAAAUUUGACUACUUAGCCAGGGACUGUUACCAUCUGGGAAUUCAGAAUAGUUUUGACUACAAGCGAUUUCUCAAAUUUGCCCGCGUUUGUGAUGUUGGUAACAGAAAACACAUCUGUGUCCGAGACAAGGAAGUUUGGAAUCUGUACAAUAUGUUCUACACGCGGUAUGGCCUGUACCGGAGAACGUGCCACCACAGAGUUGUGAAUGUCAUUGAGAUAAUGAUUGGGGAAGCUUUUGGAAAAGCGGACAAAUACUUUAAAAUAAAAGGUUCGAAAGUAAAAGUAGAUUCGGAAGUAAAAGUAGAGCUUUUAACCAUCUCUGGUGCUGUGAAUGAUAUGGUGGCUUAUACUAAACUGACAGAUGCAAUCUUCCUGCAGAUUCUGUAUUCAAGUGAUCCCAACCUGUCUGCUGCCAAGGAAAUCUUAGAGAAGAUAGUACACCGCAAGUUUUACAGCUACUUGGGAGAGGCAACUUCCAAUCCAACCAGCAAACAAACCCCGGAUAAAAUUAAGUUAUCGGGAGAACUGGCUACAGCUGUUAAAAGAGGAGAUCCCAAUUUGAGAUGUACCGAGGAGGAUUUUGUGGUAGAUGUGUUUGUUUUGGAUUAUGGAAUGAAGGAAAAAAAUCCCAUAGACAAAGUUUACUUCUAUAGCAAGAACAACCCAAGGGAAGCAUUUAACAUCCGGAGAGAAGAGGUCUCCUAUCUGCUUCUAGUGAAUUUCUCAGAACAGAUUAUCCGUGCCUACUGCAAAAAAACUGAUGAUGAUAAUAUGCUGAAAGCUGCAAAGAAUGGCUUCAUGCAGUUGUGCCAGGACAAAGGCUUCUCAAUUCGCCAGGGUGGUGAAGCUGAGGCUGGAGAAGCUGGGGCUGAAGAUGGUUAAAUUGAGGUUCAGCUGUCUCAGCAGUCUUGUGUUAUACAAAUAUUCUACACACUGUGACUGUGUUAAAAAGAUUUCUAUAUAGAAUGUAUACUUUCAUGGAUAUUUUAUCCGAUCUACACAUGUAGCGCAUGUGUAGAUGUAGCAAUAAUGAGGUAGCGACCUCCCCCCCCCCCUUCCCCCGUGAUGUCCCUCCGUGGGAUUGUUUCCUAACUUCCAUUGAACUUAUUCAGUUAGGUGUUGGCUGAAACUGACAGGUGUAAGAAGGUAUGAUCCAGUCACAAUGGU